AUGGGAAAUACUGAGAGUAAUGUGACCAGUGGCGUUAAGAAGCAGGCCGGAGUGUCCACCCAGGCACUGUACAAGUUCGUUAACCUAAAGGGCGGUGGACUGCUCGUGGACAUGAUGAAGCGUGCGAUACAGAACAAACAGUAUGCCGAGAUCGAUCAUGCGAUCAAGACGAAGGUCGAACCGUUUCUCUACAACAAAGGCAAGGGAAAGUACAUCCCAGUGUCGGUGCUGGUGCUGUUACGAAAUCGGGAACGACCGCGCCAUAAACAGCUGCCAGAUAUACGCGCGAUGGAGAAUCCGGAGGAAGAUUUUGAUAUUGAUGCGGUUUGUCCGGAAGUGAGCGAAGCAGAGUACUAUCUAAAUCCUUCCGGGUAUCGGGAAGUUUGCUGGAACAUUAAGGAACGCGGAGCUGUAGGAGAGACUAUUCUACACCUAUGUCUACUCAAUGCAACCUCGCUGCAUGCGGAUUUAGCGAAACGGCUGCUCCGCUUCUAUCCCAAACUCAUCAACGACGUGUACAUGUGCGAUGAGUACUACGGAGAAAGUGUGUUACAUCUAGCGAUCGUAAACGAAGAUCCUGCCAUGGUGAAGUACCUGCUCGAUCACAACUCCGACGUAAACGAGCGUUGCUGCGGUACGUUCAUGUGUCCGGAGGAUCAGAAAGCAUCCCGGUACGACAUACUGGAGACAGAAGUCGUCCAAAUGGUACAGAUAACAAACUACGAUGGGUACGUGUAUUGGGGCGAGUAUCCACUAACCUUCGCUGCCUGCCUUGGCCAGGAGGAGUGCUAUCGACUAGUUUUGGCCCGUGGAGCCGAUCCAGAUAACAAGGAUUUCAAUGGUAACACCGUGCUGCAUAUGCUUGUGAUAUACGAGAAGAUCUCAACGUUCGAUAUGGGAUAUGAAGUUGGUUCCUCGUUGAGUAUCCGCAACAACCAAAAUCUAACACCCCUGACGCUCGCAGCAAAGCUCGGACGGGUGGAGAUGUUUUUCCACAUCAUGAACAUCGAACGGGAAAUCUAUUGGCAGCUGGGAAGCAUCACCUGUGCCGCUUAUCCGCUCGUACUCAUCGACACGAUCGACGUAGAGACCGGGAACAUCAGUAAAGAUUCCGCGCUCAAUUUGGUAGUGUUUGGUGAUAAGGACGAGCAUCUUGAUCUACUGGACGGUGUACUGAUCGAUCUGCUCAAGACAAAGUGGAACACCUUCGUGAAGGAUAAGUUCUACCGACAGUUCUUUAUGUUUUUCUGCUACUUCUGUGUAUCGUUGGUAAGCUUCACACUACGCAAUGGACCUCCACCGGCAGAGGAUGACGAGCAGGAAGGGUCUACGGGAGGUAAUAAAACAUCCACCACCAAGGAGGACCUUCGACGACAUCUGUGGACGAACGAAUCUACUGGACAGGAGGACACAAUGGUGACGCUAAGUAGCAAUGGAAGCAUUGGGCUUGAAAUGUUUGUUGGGAAGCUGACGGAGCUACAGCAAAUCAAUGGCAGUACAGUGGAAUCGCCAGACUUUGAUCCUUCCGAAAUGGACGAUGGUCUAUUCUUCAACUCCAAAUGCCACACGAUGGACUACGAUGGCAUGGAAGGGAAGGUGCGUCUCAUAUCGGAGAUGAUUAUAUUGGUGGGAUCGUUCCUCUAUCUACUAGCUGCCCUGCGAGAGUUGAAGUUUCUUGGUCGAAAAAUGUUUUUCGAGAAUCUUAUGACAGCACCCUCCCGGGUUAUGUUUCUGUUUUCCUGCUGCAUAAUGAUGAUCGUACCGUUUUUGAAGGUACUUUGCUUCACGGAAAUGGAGGACCACGUAGCAGUAGCUAUUAUGCUUACAACGGCGCCAUAUUUUCUGUUCUUCUGUCGAGGUUUUAAAACGGUCGGACCUUUCGUAGUGAUGAUAUAUCGCAUGGUGAUGGGUGAUCUGUUGCGUUUCGUUGUGAUCUAUCUGGUGUUUGUGAUGGGCUUCUCGCAGGCCUAUUACAUCGUCUUUCUGUCCUACAAACCGGAGGAAGAUGGUGACGCAAAUCCGAUGCCUUCCCCAAUCGAGUCAAUCGUAGCUAUGUUUCUCAUGUCACUAACAAACUUUGGAGAUUAUUAUGGUGCGCUGGAGAACACAGAUCAUGAAAUGUGUGCUAAGAUCUUGUUCGUAUUGUUCAUGGUGAUUGUAGCCGUACUGUUGGUGAACAUGUUGAUCGCUAUGAUGGGUAACACCUACCAGAAGAUUGCGGAAACGAAGAACGAAUGGCAGCGACAGUGGGCCCGCAUCGUGCUCGUGGUGGAGCGUGGUGUCCCACCGAAGGAACGGCUCAAGAACCUAAUGUCCUACAGUCAACCGAUGUCAGACGGAAGGCGGGCUCUCGUUCUACGACUCAACAUGACGGACGAAGAUAAGGAGGAAAUGAAGGAAAUUCUCGAAAUGAAACGAGUCCACGAUCGUCUCUCGAAGAAGCGUCAAGUUGAGCGUGAUGCACGUGCGGAACAGCGUCGUCUGCUGCGGGAGAAAUACGUCAACAUGUCCUCGUAA